AUGCCUAAUCCAUCUGAUAAUUCAAAAAUAAAAAAAAGAAUAGGACAUCCAAUGUUUCCUCAUAUCAAACAACAACAUAUGGCUAAAUUGUAUAACCAAUUAAAUGUGCAUAACCCAGAGAGAAUGGAUGAUUCCAAAAAAUACACCAAGUCCCUUGGUGACCUGCCAGACAAUGCGUCACGUGACCAAUUGAUCAUGGAUACUGGAUCCGUUCCAUCAGAUGCUGGAUGUGCACCCAUCUACACUCCAUCUACCACUCCAUUGGUUGUUAGUGAUACUCCUCCUGCCUUGGUGUCAUCUACACCUGUCCUUGUCACUGCCCAGCCACCACCACCACCUCAAAAACAUGUAUUCACUCUAUGUAUCGACGGUGGUGGUAUGAGAGGAAUCAUGCCAGCCAUUUGGCUACUCGUUCUCAAGGAAGAGUUUGAAAAGCGUGGUAUCAUGGAUCCCCUCUCCCAAAUAUUUGAUAUUAUUGGUGGUACCUCUAUCGGAGCCAUUAUAUCGCUUGGCGUUGGCCACAAUAUCCAUCCAACCGAUCUCAUCGAUUUAUUUAACAAGAAUGGUGCAAAAAUAUUCUCAAGAACCUUUUGUAGAAUGAUGACCAACCUUUUACCAAUCUUUAAACCAAAAUACACUGCUGAAAAUCUCUAUGAUGUUCUUCAUGAAAAGUUUGGUGACCUUAAAAUGAAGGAUCUCCAAGGUAAAGUAGUCAUCACCUCUUGUACAAGAGAUGGUAAACCAAAGAUAUUUACCAAUAUUAAUACUUCUGGAAAUCAAGAUGAUCCAAUAUUUGCUCAUGAAAAUGAUUUUUUAAUCAAAGAUGUUGCUCGUUGUACAUCUGCAGCACCAGUGUUUUUCCCACCACAGGAUAUGUUGAUUAAAAAAAUAAAAGAAGAUGGAGCUCAAAAGGAAAUUGUUGAAAAGACAGUAUCAUAUAUUGACGGUGGAAUAUGGAUCAACAAUCCAGCUGGUGUUGUUGCUACCAUGGCAGUGACUCAGAUUCACAAAAGAGUAUUCUCUCCCGAUAAAAUCCAUAUAUUAUCGCUUGGUACUGGUGACAGCACAACCACCAUCUCUGACAUGCCAGCCUUCAAAGACAUUGUUGCCAUUGUAGAUAUUACAAUGUCUUCCAAUUCUCGUGGUGUAGACAACUCCCUAACAGAGUUGUUCCAACAAAACUACACUAGAAUCAAUCCACCAUUGGUUGAGAGUAUUAAAUUGGAUAGUGCUAAUACAAAAGCACUCAAAAAACUACACCAAUUGGCAGGCUGUGAAUACCUCCCUGGAAAAGAUGGUAAAAAGUCAUGGCAAUUUGAUCGUGAAUCUCCACAAGGAAAGGAAAUCUAUCUAAAGAUUUCAAAGUUUGUUGAAACUUAUUGUAAUAUUAAAAAAUCUGAACAACAAUUACAAGAUUAA